UUGAAAUUUUGUUAUGUAUUCGGGAAUAUGGAUUUUGUAAAUUGGGUUCUUAUUAUUAUUUUAUUUAUCUUUCUUGCAGUGUCAGAAAACUGAAGAUUUCAUGUGGAUUUUUGAAGCUGUAGCCAUUGCAAUUGAAAAUGGAGCCUUUCUCUUUUGUGUCAGAAAACUGAAGAUUUCAUGUGGGAUUUUGAAGCUGUAGACAAUGCAACUGAAAAUGAAGCUCUUCUCCGUUGCAGCAAGGGACGGAGAUUGGAUUUGCCCGAAGGUUGUUUUUUCAGUAGUGAUUGUUUGUUGUUUCUCUUUGGUUUUUGGGGUGACGGAUCCUCAAGAUCUUGAAAUAUUGAUAGAAUUUCAGAAGGGUUUGGACAAUCCGGAGCUGCUUAAAUGGCCGUCCGGCAGUGAUCCCUGUGGUCCACCUCAAUGGCCUCAUGUCUACUGUGAAAACUCAAGGGUCACUCAGAUUCAAAUACAAAACCUUGGACUGUCAGGCACUCUCCCUCCAAACUUCAACCGCCUUUCAAAGCUCUUGAAUAUUGGCUUCCAGAGGAACAAAUUCCAUGGCAAUUUGCCAACCUUCAGUGGCUUAUCUCAAUUGCAGUAUGCUUAUCUCGGCAACAACCAGUUCGAGACGAUCCCCUUCGAUUUCUUCGAUGGCCUUGAUAGCUUGCAGGUUAUGUCCUUGGAUUACAGCCCGUUGAACAAGACCACCGGGUGGUCAUUACCUCUGUCACUGCAGAAAUCGGCGCAGCUGACGAAUCUUUCUCUGAUCGGAUGCAACCUUGUUGGCCAGUUGCCAGAUUUCUUGGGCCAGAUGGGCUCCCUGACGGCACUGAAACUGUCUUACAACAGCCUCUCUGGUGAGAUCCCCUCUAGCUAUGGCAGUUCCGAGUUGCAGAUCCUGUGGCUGAAUAACCAGCAGGGAAGCAAGCUGUCUGGCCCAAUUGAUGUUGUCACCUCGAUGGCCUCGAUCAAGCAGUUAUGGCUGCACGGGAAUCAAUUCACGGGGACCAUCCCUGUGGGCAUUGGGAAAUGUUCUUCUCUCACAGAUCUCUGGCUCAAUGACAAUGAGCUUGUUGGUCCCAUUCCCGACGCUUUGGCAACGCUGCCGCUUCAUACGGUGAAAUUAGACAACAACAAGCUAACAGGACCAAUCCCAAAGUUGCAAGUCGAGAAUUACACUUACUCUGGCAAUUCGUUCUGUCAGUCUGCUCCUGGUAUCCCGUGCGCACCGGAGGUUACUGCACUCUUGGGUUUUCUUGGAGACGUCAAUUACCCGUCAAGACUUGCCUCUUCCUGGUCUGGUAAUGAUCCUUGUUCCAUUUCAUGGUUAGGAAUUACUUGUGGUGGGCAGAAAGUUUCUGUAAUAAAUCUCCCGAAUUUCCAGCUAAAUGGUACUUUGAGUCCAUCGAUCGGGCAGUUGGAUUCUCUUACGACGAUUAUACUUGCAGGAAACAAUUUAAGUGGCAAAGUUCCUGUGAACCUGACAUCAUUGAAGUCGUUGAAAUUGUUGGAUCUGAGCAGGAACAAUUUUGAUCCUCCUUUACCGAAAUUUAGCAACAGUGUAAAGAUUGUGUACGUUGGAAAUCCUAAGCUGAAUGGAUCUCCGCCUGUGACAUCUCCACCACCGAACAACAAUCCCUCAUCGGGAAAUACACAGCCACCUACUAGUAAUCAGUCUCCUUCAUCUGGUGGUAUCCCACCAAAUUCAAGUAAUUCAGGAAACCCGAUCAGACACGAGAGUUCCAAAACAUCCAAGAUCAUUAUCAUUGCAAUUGUGGGUGUCGUAGCUUUGGCAUUGUCGGUAUUGGUAAUGCUUAUAUGUAGGAAGAAAAGGCAUGCUUCACAAGCUCCGAGUUCCUUUGUAGUUCAUCCAAAGGAUCCAUCUGAUCCGGACAACAUGCUCAAAAUCGUAGUUGCCAACAACAACGACAUGAGCUUGUCGAAUCUUACUGCAAGCAGUUCGCAGAGUAGAAAUAGUAGUGGGACGAACGAAACACAUGUUGUUGAGGUUGGGAAUUUGGUCAUAUCGGUACAAGUUCUUCGCAAUGUCACUAGGAAUUUCGCUCCAGAGAAUGAGGUCGGACGAGGAGGUUUCGGGGUGGUUUACAAGGGAGAAUUAGAUGAUGGGACUACUAUAGCGGUUAAGAGAAUGGAGGCCUCCGUGAUUAGUAAUAAGGCCUUGGAUGAAUUUCAGGCCGAGAUUGCGGUUCUUUCAAAGGUCCGACACCGACACCUUGUAUCCCUACUUGGGUAUUCCAUUGAAGGACAUGAAAGGCUGUUGGUUUAUGAAUACAUGCCUCAGGGAGCUUUAAGUAAGCAUCUCUUCCAUUGGAAGAAGAUGAACAUGGAGCCCCUCUCUUGGAAGAGGCGGCUGAAUAUUGCAUUGGAUGUCGCUAGAGGGAUGGAGUAUCUUCAUAAUCUAGCUCAUCAGAGCUUCAUCCAUAGAGAUCUGAAGUCUUCAAACAUCCUUCUUGGUGAUGAUUAUCGUGCAAAGGUUUCAGAUUUUGGAUUAGUGAAACUUGCUCCCGAUGGAAACAAUUCUGUGGCAACGAGGCUUGCGGGAACAUUUGGAUACUUGGCGCCAGAAUAUGCCGUCACUGGGAAAGUCACGACGAAAGCUGAUGUCUUCAGCUACGGGGUGGUGCUGAUGGAGCUUGUGACUGGGCUAGCAGCACUCGAUGAGGACCGGCCUGAGGAGAGCCGAUACCUUGCCGAAUGGUUCUGGCGCAUUAAGUCCAGCAAGGAGAAGCUACUGGCAGCCAUUGAUCCGGUUCUUGAUGUGACAGAGUCGACGUUCGAAAGCAUCUCCAUCAUUGCGGAAUUAGCUGGGCAUUGCACGGUUAGAGAGCCCACCCAACGUCCGGAGAUGGGCCAUGCAGUGAAUGUCUUGGCCCCACUUGUCGAGCAGUGGAAGCCUAUAUGUGAUGACCAGGAGGAGUAUCUGGGGAUUGAUUGCAGUCAACCUCUCCAUCAAAUGGUGAAAGGGUGGCAAGCGGCGGAUGGCACGGAUUAUAGCUUGACGGGUCUUGACGAUAGCAAGGGAAGCAUUCCGGCCAGGCCUACUGGAUUCGCCGACUCUUUUACCUCCGCUGAUGGCCGGUAAGUAAAUUAAGUAUGAUUUUCUAUCCAUUGAUUGGUCUCUCUUCGUGCUUUUAGUUUGCGUUCUCUUCUAGACUUCUUGCUUGUGUGUAGAUAGUCUUUGAUGGAACCAUUUCUCAUCUUAUGAGCAUAAAUCACCAUAUUUUUAAUGGGUUUAUUUCUUGCGGUGGGCGGAGCCGAGGAUUUCCGUGUUAUUGGGAUUUGUGUUGUAGAUACAGAGAGCUAUACAUAAAUAUAUCUAUUUUGCAUUCCUUCA